UUGUACAUAAAAAUCACGGUGGGCCCCACAAAGAUCAAGGAUGGGCAUCCCCUCCCAACUAUUUCCCUUGGUGUGACGCACCAGAAUUAUAAAUCUUACUUAUCUUUUAGUCAUAUUCUUAGAAUCUGGUCACACAAUGGAUGGUCGGAGUGGAUUUUAGAAACACAUCACAAUGUGGCCCAACCCGAGCCACCCACCCCUCCAUGGUCCUGCUCGAGACCAUCACUCCGUGUACUCCUCUCACAGAAAACAAGGCGAAUUUUGACAGCAGAGCGAUGUCAUCCUCUACCGAACCAUAUGCUCAGAAUAUCUUUUGUUUUCAUUUUUUACAAUUUGGGUCCCAUGGUUCAUUCAUCCAGAUCGUUGGUCCGUUGAAUCCCAUCAUAGAUGGACCAUGAACCAAAUUUUUUUUUCAGGAGAGAGAUUGUAAGCUUUCACUUUGUGAUUUGCAAAGCAACGGUUAAGAUGAGAAAUACAGCCCAUUCCAACAUUCAAUUGGAGAGAAAGGCCAAGAUUGGUAUACAGGAUCUACCUUUCUUGAUAUGGAGCCAUCAGACCAACAGUCCAGAUGACUAAACCAUGGAUCCACUUCUACAAACUUAAAACCCGUGUGCACACGCACUUCUAGUUUACAUGCAGCACACUUACCAACAUGGCACAUGUGUGGCAUCCGAUCCGUUCAUUAUGUAGCCUCACACGAAAAUCAAGCUAUUCCAUUCAUUAGACAAACCAAAAGUGCCAAGGCCUGGCUGAUUUUUCUCCCAGAACAUCUGAACCAUGGGGUGCACCCUUUGAAUGGCUGAGAUAUCCCACACACAUGCCAGGCUGGCACUUGUAAAGGCUAUGAUGGAGAGUGUGCAUGUGAUCCACCAAAACUCAACAGGCAACACAAAAUUACAUGCAGCCCAUGUGCAGUAAUAGAUUACAGGAUCCAAAACCUUAAAUUCCGAGAAACAUAAAGUAUAAAUGAAGCAAUUACAAUCCUUACUCUCUAAACAAUCUCAAAAGGCUCCAUUAGAUUUCAAUAAAAAGCUCCCUAUCUUUCAUACGACUCUCCAUGGAAAAAGCUUUCUCCAAUGGCAGCUUUUCUUACAUCUCUUCUCUCACUGGCAUUAGUAGUAUUUACAGCUCUCUCUCUAGAACUCAAUUUCUAUAGAAAUUCAUGCCCACAAGCUGAAGCUGUGGUGAGAAAAGCUGUAGAAGAGCAUUUCCUAAGAGACCCAUCGAUCCCAGCUGGCCUACUUCGCUUGCAUUUCCAUGAUUGUUUCAUCAGAGGUUGUGAUGGUUCUGUUCUUUUGGACAGCAAUGGAAAUAACAUAGCUGAAAAGGAGGCUCCUCCUAAUCUAAGUCUUCGAGGAUUCGAAGUUAUCGAUGAAAUAAAAGGCAAGCUAGAGAGAGAAUGCCGAGGGACCGUUUCAUGUGCAGAUAUACUGGCGUUGGCCACACGGGACGGCGUGGCUAUAUCAGGAGGAGGAACUUAUGAUCUUCCUACUGGGAGAAGAGAUGGGACUGUUUCUACCAUCACUGAUGUCCAUCUUCCUGAUCCUGCAUCGUCUGUUGCUGAUGCUGUGGCUGCUUUCCAAACCAUCAAUCUUACUUUGGCUGAUCUCACUACAUUACUGGGUGCACACAGUGUUGGAUUCUGUCACUGCCUCUUCUUCAUCGACCGUCUGUACGACUUCAAGGGCACCGGAUUCCCUGAUCCCGACAUGGACCCCACCACUCUCGAUAUCCUCAGGAAGAAAUGCCCAAGACCCACUACACAAAUUUUCAACAUAAGCUCUGAUCCGAAAGUAUUCAUGAAUCAGAUGUCCAGUACGCCUUUCACUCUAGAUAACUCAUUUUUCCACAGCAUACUCAAUGGAAGAGCUGUUCUUCAGUUAGAUCAAGAGCUGGGUUUCACCGAUCUCACCAGCAAUCUGCUAGCGAGGUAUUCAACAAGGCCUGGCGCAUUCCGAUGGAUGUUUGCGAAAUCCAUGAUCAAAUUGGGCAAUGUGGGUGUUUUAACCGGACAAGCGGGUGAGAUUCGACUGAAUUGUAGAGAAGUAAAUCAAAGGCAUUGAUAGAGCGAAAUGUAAAUUCAAAUUGUUUUCAUUUUAAUGAUUUUAUGUUCCUCAAUCAGUAUAUGAAAU